CCUUCGCGAAGAAUUUAUGUUCUUCUCGAAUCUUGCUAAGAAUUGAUAAUGUCACCGCAAUUUCUUGUAUAAAUAGAAUGGGUAGUAUUCAAUAUGAUCACCUUAAUGUGGUUACCAGAGAAAUCUGGCAGUGGUGUGAAAUGCGUAAAAUAACUAUUUUUGCAUCCUAUAUAAAUACAAAGGAUAAUUGUGAAGCAGACCAAUUAUCGCGGAAGAAAUUUCACGAUACAGAAUGGGAACUAAACCAAAAUGCAUACGAUGAGAUAACUAUUAAUUUUGGUGUCCCUAAAAUAGAUUUGUUUGCAAGUAGAUGUAAUGCAAAGUGUCAUACCUAUGUAACUUGGAAAAACGAUCCUGAUGCAUGGGCGAUAGAUGCAUUUACGGUUUCAUGGAAAAAUAAGUUCUUUUACGCAUUUCCCCCCUUUUGUUUAAUAACAAAGGAUCAACCACAACCUACACAGAACUCUGAAGUUGGUUGCCGCGAAGCUUUCAGGCAAGCUUUACUAAGGAAAGGCUUGUCACCAAGUACGGUACAGAUAAUGUUAUCAUCGUUAUCUGAUUCUACCUACAAACAAUACGAUGGCUGCAUAAAGACAUGGAUAAACUACUGCAGUACCCACAACUAUAGCUACAUCUCUGCAUCUGUCCCUGUAGUUUUACAUUUUCUUACCGAUUUAUUUAAUAAAGGUGCUAAAUACGGUACCAUUAACUCCUAUAAGUCUGCCUUAUCAUUAAUUUUAUCUAAUUUAGAAGAUGAUAGGGUAAAACGCUUUAUGAAAGGAGUUUUCAAAUCGAGGCCAACAAAUCCUAAAUAUCAUAUAACCUGGGAUCCGAGUAUAGUUCUCGAACAUUUAGCCCAACAGUGGCCAAAUAAUGAACUCAGUUUGGAAACUCUUUCCAAAAAGACUGCAACUCUAUUGGCUUUGGUAACAGCGCAUCGAGUACAAACACUUGCUCUUAUUAAAUUAAAGGACCUUGAUAUAAGAGGCACAAGUGAAAUAAUAAUAAUGAUUUCAGAUUUAAUUAAAACUUCUAAGCCGUACUCGUUACAGCCUCUUUUAAGAAUUCCUUACUUCAAUAGUCGCUCGGAAAUCUGUCCAGCCAAAUGUCUAGAAUCGUACAUAAAUAAAACAUCAACACUUCGACAUAAUGAUCAUUUAUUUAUUAGUUUUAAAAAACCAUACUCAAAAGUUACCUCCCAGACGCUCAGUAAAUGGAUAAAGGACACGCUUCAUAACAGCGGAGUAGAUACUUCUAUAUUUAGUGCUCAUAGUACUCGCCAUGCGUCCACAUCCACUGCCAAUAGACUUGGGGUCAACAUUGAUGUUAUACGCAAAACUGCGGGAUGGUCUGAUUCUUCUGCAGUAUUUGCUAAGUUUUACAAUAGACAUGUAAUUACUGAUCCUACCAGCUUCGCUAAAACAUUGUUAUCUAAUAAUGAUUGUAACCUGCAAGAAAAAUAAUUAAUGGUUAAAUUAUGAAAAUAAUGUGUGAUUUAUAAUAUUUAUAGUUAAUUGAUUAUUGCAAAUAAAAAUAUGAAACUUA